UGGGAAUGGGGGGCGAGGGCGGGGUUCAGUGCUCGGCUCCUUGUGGUUCCCAAGGUUUGUAGGGCAAAGGGAUUGAUUGCCCUUGUAGAUCUUGAAUUUGAAGAAAUCUUCAGAAGAACCUGGUACACUGGCUCUCCUGUAAUCUAGCACUUGGGAGGUCUGGUAUGAGGACACUGCCUACAUAUCUCACUUGAGUGAAGGCGGUGAGGUUUUCCCAAAGAAGACAGAGAAGCAUCGGGGCAGCUAUGGGGCUGCUGACUGGAGAUGGUCUGUGGUCUGUGGCCGUGCUCACAGUCAUCUUCAUGUUACUGGUGGAUCUGAUGUAUCGGCGCCAGCGCUGGACUGCCCGAUACCCACCUGGCCCCAUGCCAUUGCCUCUACUGGGCAACCUGCUGCAAGUGGACCUCAAGAAUAUGCCAUACAGCUUGUACAAGCUUCAGUGUCGCUUUGGUGAUGUGUUCAGCCUGCAGAUGGCCUACAAGCCAGUCAUCGUGGUCAAUGGACUGAAGGCCGUGCGUGAGGUGCUGGUAAACUGUGGCGAAGACACUGCUGACCGUCCUCGAAUGCCAAUCUAUGAAUUCCUGGGCUUUGGGCCUAAAUCCAGAGGUGUGGUCCUUGCACCUUACGGGCCUGAGUGGAGAGAGCAGCGAAGAUUCUCUGUGUCCACCCUGCGCAACUUGGGCCUGGGCAAGAAAUCACUGGAGCAGUGGGUGACAGAUGAGGCUGGCCACCUCUGUGAUGCCUUCACCAACCAGGCUGGGCGUCCUUUUAAUCCCAGCACCAUGCUGGACAAAGCUAUGUGCAAUGUGAUCGCGUCCCUCAUUUUUGCCCGUCGCUUUGAGUAUGAAGACCCUUACCUCACUGAAAUUUUGAAAAUAGCAGAAGAACUUUUGGAAGAACUUUCUGGCUUCAUUCCUGAGGUUUUGAACAUGUUUCCGGUGCUCCUGCACAUCCCAGGGCUGGCUGAUAAGGUCUUCCCACACCAGAAGGUGUUUUCUGCCAUGUUGAAGAAGCUGUUGGCUGAGCACAAGAUGACUUGGGAUCCUGCCCAGCCACCCCGAGACCUGACUGAUGCCUUCCUGGAUGAGGUGGAAAAAGCCAAAGGGAAUCCUGAGAGCAGCUUCAAUGAUGGGAACCUGCUCAUGGUGGUGGCUGACCUGUUCAUGGCGGGGAUGGUGACCUCUUCAACCACACUGUCCUGGGCCCUGCUCCUCAUGAUCCUGCACCCGGAUGUGCAGAGCCACGUCCAACAGGAGAUUGAUGAUGUCAUAGGGCAGGUGCGGCAUCCAGAGAUGGCAGACCAGGCCCGCAUGCCCUACACCAAUGCUGUUAUUCAUGAGGUGCAGCGCUUUGGGGAUAUUGCCCCAUUGGGUUUUCCACACAUGACAUCCCGUGACAUUGAAGUACAAGGAUUCCUCAUCCCCAAGGGGACGAUCCUCAUCCCCAACCUGUCCUCAGUGCUGAAGGAUGAGACUGUCUGGGAGAAACCCCUCCUCUUCCAUCCUGAACACUUCCUUGAUGCCCAGGGCCGCUUUGUGAAGCAUGAGGCCUUCAUGCCAUUCUCAGCAGGCCGCAGAGCAUGCCUGGGGGAGCCCCUGGCCCGCAUGGAGCUCUUCCUCUUCUUCACCUGCCUCCUGCAGCGCUUUAGCUUCUCGGUGCCUGAUGGACAGCCGAAGCCCAGUGACCAUGGGGUCUUUGCAAUGCCCGUUGCCCCCUCCCCCUACCAGCUCUGUGCUGUACUGCGCCAGCAGGGACACUAAUUCCAGUCCUGCUCUGUUGCUAGGACUGAACCCUGCACAAUAAACUAGUCUUGUGGCUGCCACUGUUUCCUGCUCCAUCCUCAGUCCCUAUAUCUGCUGGGUCCUCAGACAACAGUCUCCAGCCAACCUUUACCACUGGUCUCAUCCCUUCCCAGGAGACAGCUAAUGCUGAGAGAAAAGGUUGUGCUGAGCCUAGCAUUGGCACAGGCCUGUUAUUUCCACACACGGGAGCCUGAGGAAACAGGAUUACAAGUCUGAGGCUACCCAGCCCUGUAUAGCAAGUCAACCUGGACUACAUAGUGAGAGCUUGUAUCAUUAAAAACAAAAGGAAGGAGGGAGAAAGAACUGUGCUGGUAUUUAGGAGUGACAGCUGACCCUAUGUCACCUAUAAAGACCUAUCCAUGGUGACCAGGUUUGUGACAAACUGCAAGUAGAUGUCAAGACUCCAUGAGUCUCAGAUGACAUGUAAAUGUAUUUUUGCUAAGAGCCAGCUCUGCUCCUGUCUGAGUGACAGCCAGUGGCAGUGGUCCCAAUGUGGGGAGCCUUCCCUGCAUUCUCCAUUACAAGAUGGCGCCUGCAUCCGGCAGUCACCGAAUGUAAACAAGUUAGUGCGCAGGCGCUGGCUAACUUUCCAUCCCUUGGUCUCUGCCUCUUCCGUGGCAUCAUAUGGUCCUAUGAGCUGCAGCGAGUCAGGGGGUAACACGUCCGAGGCGGCGGUUGCCAGCCUUUAUAAGGGAUGGGUUUUUGGGAGUUCGGGGUCUCCACCCUGUAAGCUUAUGCUCUCUCUCUCAAGAUGCAUUAAAGCUUUACUGCAGAAGGA